AUGAAGAAAUCAUCACUACAACAGCGAGUAUGGUACGACAAUGUGCAAAGAUCGAACAACUCUGUUCAGUGUCGCAAUUCUUCUGCUUCAAUCAGUGUUGGUACAAGUGUCAUAUUGCGACUUAGCAAUGAAAGUCUUUUCGAGGCAAUAUUCCCGGUCUUCAUGAACGAUCCGACCUACACCACAACUAUAUCAGACCAAGCAAGUUUAUAUUAUAGAAUUGCUGACGAUAGCUUCUACUGCAAUUUCAUACCCGUUAGUAAUAUAGUGGAUUUCGUGGAUGCACAUAAUGUUGAAAACAACAUUCGAACGAUAUUCUUCUAUCCGAAGUGGAAGUAUGAAGAAUUUCACAAACAUCCGAAUUCAACCAUUGCACAAGCUUUUCGGAAAGGUUACGAGGUGGUUUACGAUCUAGAUAAUACCUUGGAAAUCUAUCACUGGAAUCGUUUCUCUAACCAAACGAUUACGAUCGAUCCUCGCAACCUUUUAGUACCGGACGAGAUUCGUGAUUUGCACGGCUAUGAGUUGGGGCUGCUUGCAAUGGAUUUCUUGCGCAAUUCAAUGACAUUCGACGAGUACUUCCUGGAGUUAGUCGCCAGGAAGAUAAACGCCACUGCUGUCGUGAUGAGUACCUUUACAUUCAAAAUAGGAUUUGCAGCAAUAUUGUACAGGAGUUUUCCACACAUUUCUCUGACAGUACUUGGUGUUGGUAGCACAUUCUUGGCAGUCAGCGUUCCUCGAGCCAAGCCCAAGUCAAUCGUGUCGAUACUGAUCGAUCCUUUCGACUUGUACACAUGGAUCACAUACUUAAUACUGAUUCUUACAAUGGCUAUUACCCUAGCGUUACUUGGCGAUCUUCUCGGAAGACGACAUGUUGUGGAGAUAGUUCUUGAGCUGUUCAUGAUUUCCCUCGCUGGUCCGUCAAGAGCAUAUGGAGGAUCAUUCGAGAAUCGCAUCAUCACUGUAUUCUGUCUAAUGGGAAUAGUGCUCGUAUCGUCCUACCAAUCGCUUGUGAUCUCCUUUAUGUCAUUCGCGCGCUAUCAUCCCGAGAUCAACACCCUGGCGGAAAUACAGGAACGAUGCCUGUUUAGCUAUGACGACGAGGCACGAGAUUUUAAUUUUACGACGUAUCCUAAUGACACGACUAUUGGUGCAGGUAAGAUGUGUAAUUUCGAAGUUGGGCGAGAUAACGAACAAAGAACCAUGGUGAUAGCUUCAAAAGUUGAGAACAUAAGGCAUACAUUUUAUAUGGAAGACUCGAUGCGCUUUAGACAAGAACACUACCGUUACGCUGAUACAAAAUUUUUUGAAUGGCAGCUGUUAUACUAUGUUUCGCCAUGUUUACGAGAAGUGUUUAGGUUUCAUUUUCAUGCAAUUCGUGAAUCAGGUAUCUAUGAUUAUCACUAUAACAACAAAUCACAACCAAUUUUUCACUAUAAUCACGACACUUUUGUCGAUCGAGUUGUGAAAGUAGGAGAUCUUACAUUGGUGUGGUAUGCUUAUGCGUGCGGAAACUUACUGAGUGUUGUAUCUUUCGUAAUGGAAACAAUUAUUCAUAAAGAGGUAGAUGGAUUAUCGAACCCAAAAUAA